GAUCUUGCUGUGUUGCCCAAACUGGAGUGCACUAAGUAGCACAGUCAUGGCUCACUGCAGCCUCAACCUCCCAGGCUCAAGUGAUCCUCUCGCCUCAGCCUCCCAAGUAGCUGGGACCACAGGCACACACUACCAUGCCCUGCUAAUCAAACACUUUAGAAAUAUAACCAUGUCAUUUUAACAAGUUACUGUGUAGAGUGUGGAAAUCUUAGGGGAUCAAUAAAAGAGCCAAAAAAAAAAAAUCCCCAAAUAAGUUACUGUGAAAAGUAACAGUCAAAGUUUUCUAUCACCUGAUGUAAAUGAUUUGUGAGUAAGCUUGCCAAGCCUGUCUUAAAGGAUGCCUAUAUUCAAAGCCAAGAAAAGUCCCAGUUUGUAAUUGUGUUGCUAUUAUAACCAUUCAGAUAGUCCCUUCUUGGAGCAGUAGAAUAUUUUUGAAUGGAGGGACUCCUGACAUUACUUUCCUAAAAUCACAAAAGGCUGUCACUCUCAGGGUUUUGUUUUGUGUGGAUAACUUUCUCUUACAGUCACAUCUCUCCUAGAAUGGGAGCAAUAGAGCCUCUAGGUGCUAUGAAAGGAUGGGGACCUCACCAGAGAGGACUGGUCUCAGCAAUGUCCUUAAGUGGUCAAAACAUGCUGCGGUUGAGGUCAGGAUUGUGAGGGGAUAGAGGUGACGUAGAGAAGUAACUGAGUGCAUUUAGACUGAGAUGAAUAGCCACCUAGAAAUUAAGGAGGGGAAGAGCUGUUGUAGAGCUCUUUCUGGCAUGAGGAGUAGGGGUAGCUCAAGGUUGUUUUUGAUGCAGGAGUCACUGGGCAGGAAUUUAAGAGGCUUCCAUUGUGACACAAAGGAGACAGACACUAUGGAUAGGCCACAAUGGUGCAGUGACAAAAUAAAGACCUGGUUGCUAGGGCCAGAGAAUAAACACCGGGUGCCUAGAGAAGAAGAGAUGGAGCCCCAGCCCUGGUCCCCUUUCCCACCCUUCCUCCCCACAAGGCUGUCUGAGAUGCCACCUUCCACCUAAACAUCAUCUCCCAAAUUUUAAUCCUUAACUUUGGUCUCUGACUUCUGCUUGAUUCCACAGUCUCCACCCACAUUUGCACGAAGGACCAUCACCUGUCCUUCCUGGAAUCUCUAAAGUUUUCUGCUUUCCUUCCGUCCUGAUGGCCAGCUCUGCUAAGUCAGCUGAGAUGCCCACCAUCUCCAAAACCCUUAACCCUACUCCUGAUCCUCAUCAAGAAUAUCUGGACCCUAGGAUUACCAUUGCCUUAUUCGAAAUUGGAUCACAUUCCCCUUCCUCCUGGGGCUCUCUCCCUUCCCUAAAGAAUAGCAGCCAUCAAGUUACAGAACAACAGACUGCACAGAAGUUUAACAAUCUCUUAAAAGAAAUUAAAGAUAUUCUUAAAAAUAUGGCAGGUUUUGAAGAGAAGAUCACAGAAGCAAAAGAACUUUUUGAGGAAACCAAUAUUCCUGAGGAUGUGUCAGCCCACAAAGAAAAUAUCAGAGGACUUGACAAAAUCAAUGAAAUGUUAUCAACAAACCUGCCUGUUAGUUUAGCCCCAGAGAAAGAAGACAAUGAAAAGAAACAGGAGAUGAUAUUGGAAACCAAUAUUACUGAGGAUGUGUCAGCCCACAAAGAAAAUAUCAGAGGACUUGACAAAAUCAAUGAAAUGUUAUCAACAAACCUGUCUGUUAGUUUAGCCCCAGAGAAAGAAGACAAUGAAAAAAAACAGGAGAUGAUAAUGGAAAACCAGAACUCUGAGAACACCGUACAAGUUUUUGCAAGAGAUUUGGUAAAUCGUUUAGAAGAAAAAAAAGUCCUUAACGAAACUCAACAAAGCCAGGAAAAAGCAAAAAACAGACUUAAUGUUCAAGAAGAAACUAUGAAAAUUAGGAACAACAUGGAGCAGUUACUACAGGAAGCAGAACACUGGAGUAAACAACAUACUGAGCUCAGUAAACUGAUAAAAUCCUAUCAGAAAUCUCAGAAAGACAUAAGUGAAACUCUCGGAAAUAAUGGAGUCGAUUUCCAAACCCAGCCAAAUAAUGAAGUGUCAGCUAAGCAUGAGCUGGAGGAACAGGUGAAGAAACUGAGCCAUGACACCUACUCAUUGCAGUUGAUGGCGGCUUUGCUAGAGAAUGAAUGCCAAAUCUUACAGCAGAGAGUAGAGAUUCUCAAGGAACUCCAUCAUCAGAAACAGGGAACUCUGCAAGAGAAGCCAAUUCAGAUAAACUAUAAACAGGACAAGAAAAAUCAGAAGCCAUCAGAAGCAAAGAAAGUAGAAAUGUAUAAGCAGAACAAGCAAGAAAUGAAGGGUACAUUUCAGAAAAAAGACAGAUCCUGUAGAAGCCUGGAUGCUUGUCUUAAUAAGAAAGCUUGCAAUACCUAGUUCAAUAUUCAUGUUGCAAGAAAAGCUCUUAGGGGAAAAAUGAGGUCAGCUAGCAGCCUAAGAUAGAAAAUACCAAAAGCAGAUGAAAAGGUGAAUCCUUAAAAAACUACAUCUGUUACCUCCAACUUGUCAGUCAUGAUCAAUCAUCAAACCUUGGGCAGAUCUGCUGGUUCAACCAAGAAAGAGCUAUAGAAUAAGGAGAUUGACACUUAUAUUACUCAUUACUUCAGCAGUUAUGUAAGUCUGGUCUUUAAUGACCAUUGUGUCUACAUCAAGUUCAUAACUUUUCACCUUUACAAUCUGCUUGUUUUUUUGGUAAUUAUUAGAUAGAUAGCCUAGAGUGAGAAGUUAAAGGUCCAAUUAAGUAAAGAUCUAAAUAAAAACCAGAAUACAAGGGAAAAA